AUGCCUAACACCUACACCAUCACCGUCCAGAACAACUCUGGAGCCACACAGCACUAUGCCAUCUUCAACGAGCCCCCUGAGGUCAGCUCAACUGUCAGCUCCAAGGUCUGGAACAACGCUCUGAAGGUCGCCAACGCCGGGCCUGGCGACUCCACCACUUUCACCAUCACCUCCCAGUACUUUGCCUACGUUGGCUCUUCGACUGGAGUCCCUGGGCAAGAUAACGUUGCCGUCAACGUCUCCAACUCCAAGGCUGUUGAUGUCGGCACUGCGGAUCUCCAGGGAAACGCCAAGAAGGGCACCACUCUCUUCAUGGACAUCAUCGAGGGCGCUCCCCAGUACCCUAAGACUCUCGACGCGAGCGGCAAGCCUGGCGCCUUUGCCAUCAACACUGCCCCUGGUACUCCCGACAAUGGCUUCACCUUUAACAACGCAAAGGACAACAACUGGGUCAUUGGCCUCGGUAAGGUGGUCAACGGCAAGACACUCCCCGCCGCCACCAUCAUUCCCCAGCCAAACUGCACCUACCAGAUCCAGCCCAUCAACAAGUGGUACAUCACCUAUGGCAGCUACACUUCUGGCCAGGUCAUGAAUGUUGAGAUGGCUGGCCUCAACAAGGCUACAGUUGACUUCACCACUGGCUCUGCCAAUGCCAGGGUUGUCCACAGCGAUGGUGGUCAGAUCACCACCCAGAACUCCUCGGACUAG